AGUACGUCAGUCCAAUGCGUCCGGUGCAUCAGCACCGUGACCAUCCUCCUCGAAAUCGAAGGUCCGGUAGCUGCUCGGGAUGCUGUUCAAAAUGUCAAUUGUUCAUUUCAUACCUACUUGUGAUAGUCGGGAUUUUAUUCCUUGCCCUUGCCAUUUGGUUGUACAUUUUCAGAGGUGAUCUGAUACCUCUCAUUCAAAGUCAUUUCUACGUCAAAUGUAUAUACCUCGCAGUUGGUUGUGGAGUUUUCAACGUGAUAAUUGGAUUUUUGGUACACUCCGCUGUAAGCAAUCGAUGUGCUUUAGUUUUUUAUCUUCUCAUGCUGAUAUUCUCAAUGAUCAUGGAAGGUUGCCUCAUUUAUUUUACAUUUUCCUAUCAUGCCACUUAUGAACAAGAACUCAAUGCGUCUUUGCCAAAUGAUAUUCUAAAUAAUUACAAUUUGGACCCAAAUAUUGCAAAAGCUGUGAACUACUUGCAAAGAGAUUCAAAAUGUUGUGGAUCUAAUGCGUUCAACGACUGGCCAAAACCUGAAGUGGAAGAUCACUAUCUUCCUUAUGCCAAGACGGUUGUCCAAAGAGUUCAAUACAUUCCCGAUUCAUGUUGCAAGAGUACACAUCAACGGAAGGGCUGUGCUUUGAGUGAUAGCCCCAACAAUAUUUUCUAUAGAGGUUGUCUUCCGUUUUUGAAAGAAGAAGUCUACAACAAUCUAAACUUUCUGUUCACAGUGACGGCUGCUUCGCUGGUGCUACAUUUUGCAAACUUGAUCUUUGGGUGUUGCACUUGCUUCCGAUCAGAUGAAGAUGAAGAAGAAAAUCCAUUCAAAGAUUAUGAUCAAGAAAUGCAUCUAUUUGAUUAAAAAAAUCAUAGUUUUUGGAAUUCUACCGACCCAUAGAACUACUAGUUUUUUUUCUAAUUUCCAUUUCAGUUUCAAUCUGAUUGAAAUGUAUCAAAAAUUGCAGUUUUGGAAGCAGUUAAAUGUUUUUGAAACUAUCAUACGACAGUAUCAAAUUAAUCUAUGUAGAUCAUAUGAUGAAAUUUUCAAAAGAAUUUUUUCUGAAUUCCCUUUUCCUUCCCCUUUUUUACAGUCAAUUUCUACUUAGACCCGGUGAUCGGGUUAGUUUUCUACGGUACUCAAUUUUUUUUUCCAAUUCCAAUGUUCAGUUACUUUGUCUAGAGUUGUAUAUUAUACCUUAUCUAAAGUCUCCCUCUUCUUUCCACAACGAUUCCAUGGCUUUCCUCACCAAGAUUUGCGGCAUUUUCCUGUCGAUCUCCUUUUGCUUGUUUUCAUAAUUUUAAAUAUUUUUAAAUAGCAAAAAUUAUAGUAUCUUUUUCAUUCUUCUUCAAGUGUUCUUCUUCUUCACUUCAACUUUUAAAAUUCAUCACAUAUGAUUGAAAGAACAAAGUGUUUUAUACUUGA